GAGAUUUGGGGCGAGAGCGGUCUGUCAUAUGAUGGUUGGUGUACUGAGGUUCAGUAAUUAUGGCAACACGGUGAAUUUCUUGAAGUUUUGUGGAAGACAUUUCCCAUCACUAUCACUGUGAUUCUUUCACCGGCGUAUUGGCCUCUCUGCAACAGUUCUACACAGUUUAAGACAAUGUCUUUUGCAGAAGACGAGGACAAUUACUCUUCAAACUAUCACGUCGGUUCUUUGCCAAGGGACUAUGGUUACGGUUCAGAUGAUAUCGAAGGAGAUGUCGCGCACGAUGUGCAGAGCAGUCGAAAAAGGAAGAUCCUGCUCAUGGGAUCUAAAGGGAGUGGGAAGUCGUCAAUCGAGAAGGUCGUGUUUCACAAAAUGUCACCCAAUGAAACAUUGUUCUUGGAGAGUACGAACAAGAUAGUGCGGAAUGAUAUUUCGAAUAGUUCCUUUGUGAAGUUGGACAUCUGGGACAUUCCUGGCCAAGUCGACUUUUUCGAUCAAGUAUUCGAUGUGAAAACAAUAUUCGGUGGAUGGGGUGCCCUCGUGUUUGUCAUAGACGCACAGGAUGAUUACAUGGAGGCGUUGCACAAGCUGAACAAGACAGUAACCACAGCCAAUAAGGUUAAUCCAGAACUGAUGAUUGAAGUUUUCAUCCACAAAGUGGACGGCCUAUCGGAUGAUCAUAAGAUCGAGACCCAGCGUGAUAUACAUCAAAGGGCUACGGAUGAACUGUCUGACGCUGGGUUAGAAAACGUGCACCUCAAUUUCUAUCUAACAAGCAUCUACGACCACUCCAUAUUUGAAGCUUUCAGCAAGGUCUUACAAAAGCUUAUCCCAGAGCUGCCAACAUUAGAAAACCUUUUGAACAUUUUUGUGUCUAACUCUGGCAUUGAAAAGGCAUUCCUCUUUGAUGUUGUGACAAAGAUGUACAUUGCAACAGACUGUGCACCUGUUGACAUGCAGUCCUAUGAGCUGUGUUGUGACAUGAUUGAUGUUGUGAUUGACAUCUCCUGUAUAUACGGAUUGCAAGCUGAUGGCGAGGGCAGCACUUUUGACAGUCAGUCUUCUAGCAUCAUAAAGCUCAAUAAUGGCACAGUGUUAUAUUUGCAAGAAGUAAACAGGUUCUUGGCAUUAGUCUGCAUACUUCGAGAUGAGAACUUCGACAAGCAAGGACUUAUUGAUUACAACUUUCAGUGCUUCAGACAAGCAAUUCAUGAAGUAUUUGAAGUACAGUGUAAGUCACAACCAGGAGCGGGAGCCACUGCAGGGUACAACAAUGUUCCGGAGACCUUAAGCAAUGGGUAUCCCGAAGGAAGAUAAUUCGUAGCGCAUAGUUGUAAAUAUGAGUGAUUAGGAGACAAUUCCCUCUGUUGAAACUGUGGUCACCUUUUAAUAAUAAUAAAUAUUUGCUGGUGUUGAAUUGUA